AUGGAGAAAGUCAAUCAGCCAACAUGGAGAAACAGCAGAACCCACGACCAAGGCAGAGGCAAAGGCCAAAAAAUCAUGGAGGAGGCCAUCCCAGAUUCCCAAGCAAGACGACGACAACAACAAACCCUUGCCAGAAUUUGUCAAGAUUGCAAACCGAAGACAAACUUGGGUUGGAGUUUCCACCAGCACUUCUCAGGAACAAAACAGAAAACCAGAGGCACAACAGAAGAUGCAACUCAAUUUGCCAGAAUUCGCCAGGAUUGCCACCGACGACAGACUUGGGUUGGAGUUUCCACCAGCACUUUCCAGGAACAAAAGCAGAAAGAGCCAGAGGCAAAACAUGAAGAUGCCAACUCUAAUUUGCCAGAAUUCGCCAGGAUUGCCAGCCAAAGACGACAGACUUGGGUUGGUACAGCCACCAAAUUGGAGCAAACAAAGGAAGAAUCUCCAACCAAGGAAGACGUUCCAGUGGUAUCCAGAAAGUCAUGGAAAGUGCCAUCCCAAAUUCCAAAGCAUCAACAACAAGGCGAUACAAAUUUACCAGACAUUGCCAGGAUUGCCAACCGACGAUCUUCUGCUGCUGCGCCUCAAAGUCGAAGCAAGGUACCUCAACGAACCCGAUCUCGGUCAUUGACACAACUGGAUCAACGCGACCAGCAAGACGGUACGACUUCACGAAGGAAGUCGUGGAAGAAAAGACCUUCUCAACUCAACGUCAUCAGACAACAAGAAGACCAAUCUACCAAUUUGCCAGACAUUGCCAGGAUUGGGGCCAGGAGAUCGAGUAGCAAUCCUCAAAGUUUUAUUGCCGCAAGGAGGGCUUCUUGGUUGAAGGGAAAAUCGCAAGAAGAAGAAGCGGAAAGCAAGGUUGGCCAGCAUGCCGCUGUCGAAAAAUCAUGGAACAAGCCAUCAACAGCAACGGAUGAAGACGAAAAGAAAGACGAGGACAAGAAUGACAGGGAAGAACAAGUGGCCUCGAGAGGGAGAGAUGCAUCCCCCCGAGAGAGCCCGGUCGAGGUGGAGACUGCUGAAUUGGUCGCGCCACGCCGACAACCCAAAAGAGGCGUCGCUAGAACACGAUCAAGGUCCUUAACGUCGUUGCGAAAAGACAAGAGCGAAGAUGGAACCGUUACCCGGACCUACCUCGACUAUCCCAAGCGCAACAAGUGGGUACCACGGACGGUCAGGUGUGCCACCAAGAUCCAGACAGUUGCGCGACGCUUCCUUGUGCGCUGGCGGUUGAUCAAAGAGAAGAAUGCCGUCAAGAUUCAAACCGUUGCCAGAGGAUUCCUCCAGCGUCUGCGUUGGAUCACUCGAAAGCCCUGGCUGCAAAAGAAAAAAGUUGAAAGAAAAAAGGAACGGGAGCUCGCAAGGAUUGAAAGGGAAAAACGGAUCGCCAUGAAUGGUUUCAAGUACGAAAUGGAGGACCAGGAGUACGAGAGAGAGAAGCAGCUGAAAGCUCUUCGGAAGGAGAAGGCUUCACUUGAGAAGCAGAUACUUGUUGAAAAAGAAACCAAGCAGGCCAUCAGAGCUGACAUAAACAAGGAGAAGGAAGAAGCGGAGAGGCUCGCGGAAAGGAGAAGGACCGAAUCGGCCAUUACCAUGCUUCAAGCCACUGCUGUGACUGGCGUUCACACACAGCAGGCUGGGUCAAAGAAACGAGCGAAAGCCUACAAAAAGGAGAUAAAGUCCACCCGACGGGAGAUUAGCGUAACCCAGGAAAUGUGGGAUCGAGAGAGGCAACACAAGCGACGCAUUGAGAAAUGCAUGCGGUCAAUUGUAUCGACUCUUCGGGAGGAGGACGACGAACUGGCUGAUUUCAUUGCCAAAUACAGUGGAGUUGACGUCGUCUAGCUAGGCGAAAAACUCGCACAAUUGGGCCAAUUCGCUCGUAGACGUAUAAUAACUGUUGUACAACCAGUGUUCUCGAUGAUGAUAUUGCGACACAAUCGUGCUUAUCCUACUCUGACCCGACAACUCUUUUCGAAGAGAAAAGGGAAGGAAAGUAGCUCUGCCACAAACGGAAAGACUCUGCAGCUCUAUCCAAAGAGACCCACGCCAAUGCCUUUGUUUCGCGUGGGACCGAGCUCCAGGUGUCGCUAAGUCCAGCCACGACGGUUUCAGUCAAAGUAACCUUCGUGGUGGAUUGUUCAGAGUUUCUCCCGCUGCCCGACAACCAUGAAAUGGGGGCCAAUAUGAAGUUGAUGAUCACGUUUCCAUAGUGAUUCACUGAUGUGGAUAACGCCGUGGCUCCGGUCGUUACCCAUGCAUAUGUGGAUUGGAUGUUUCCAACAAGCCAAGCGGUUGUCGUCGUUGCUGCUUUGCUAGCAGCCUGACUUGUGUACUUCAUCUGUGCGACAGUACGCUGGACGAGGUGGAAUGGAAGCAGCACGGUAGUGAAUACUGCUUCAACGGCGGUUGAGAUGGCACGAAAUGGCAAGGUGAUCACGUUCCACAAGCGAUCUGUGAGUCUCGGACUCGGCUGUAAUGAGCGGGCCAAUCCAGAUACUGCUUGAUCCAAAACUUUUGCAUCCUGCUCGGAUGACCUCGCGUAGCCCAAUGACAUGACAGAGAAAAAAAGAAGCCCAACUCCUGCUGCAGCAAAAACUAAUCGCGGGAAAAGGAACUGAGUGUGAGAGGCCACUGGCAUAAAACCAUGCAUGGUGGACAUUCUCGUGCAAUAUCUUACGUAUUGUCAUUCCGGGCUGCACGGCGUAUGAAAGCGUGUUGCGCAACGCCUCACCAGCCGUACGCUGUACCACAUCGUCUCCCACAACAUCUGUUGCAAACUCCAUCGAAUGAUCAAGAAUAUCGGGGUCGUUUAGUGCGUUGUGGGCGCUUUCCGUGAGAAGCGUUUUCGUCGCAUCAAGGACCUACGAUUGCAGAAUGGAAGAGUGAGGGAGAUCAUGGCGCAAUUCCAAUUGGGGCCUCAUUUUCUUACCUCUUGGUCUUCACCCAACUUCUGCAGCAUUCGAACGAGCUCUUCCAGAACCUCUUCAUCUUCCACAAUGUCCAGCACCAGUUUCUUGACUGCUAACCGAAUAUCGGGGUUUUCGAUUGCUGCAUUGAGUAGGAAGAUGACUUGUGCCGCCGUCUCUGGAUCUUUGAUCAGGUCAUUCCAUAAUUCCUUCAGCAACUUUUGACAGGCGGCCUUUACCUGGUCUGAUUGCACAAUUGUAACAACAAACUUGAUAGCCUGUUCUUGAAGUGACUUGCUGGCCAGGACAUCGCCAAUGACGGUGUGGACCACACCCUUAUCUUCCAGGCUCCCUUCCGAGAUUUUAUCCAAGAAAUCACGCUUAACUAUUCUUGCCAUGUCAACCACUUGGUCGUCAGUGUCUAGUUCAUCAUAUUCGUUGUCAGACCGACGCAUAUACUGUCCCAUGAUGGGAGCAAGUAUUAUCAGUCCAAGCAAAACGACGAUAGCAUAUGUGGCUAUCUCAUCCCCUAAUUGCCCUUGAAACUCCGCCACUCUUCGAAGACGUGCUGUAGUACCAAGGAGAAAGGUCCUGGGAUCCAGUUUUUCACGCUGCCCUUCCCCAGAAGAUUCUUCCUUCGAUGUUUUUGCCUGAUCAGCAGCGGUGUUUUGGGUCCUCUCCUCGGCUGAGGUUCGCCUGUUACCAUCGCUUCCUGGUUUGCCAUCAGAUGAUAGCCACCGAAUUGCUGAAUUUUGUGAAAGGUUUAUGCAAGGCGGUCUGGCAAGAUCCUGGCAGUACAAAAACCUUGGUCUCAGCCUACUAGCUCCAUUAAACAGAUUGGAACCCACGGGUAGCAUCGGAGAGAUGGAGGAUGCCGAGGACUUUUGCAGAACCAUUUUCUCAGACAAAUUGGAAGCAGCCGUCCAAACCCUGUCUGGAGGUUUUCCCCCACCUAACGUCUCCAGAGGAGCCGAGGAUGAAAGCGGCCAUGUCUCUGUCACAGGGAGCGCUCGCCUCUGGACAGACUCAGGUGCAACAAGCUUGAAUGAAGCUCUUCCUGUUGGUUUUGGAUCUUCAACUCGCAAAAGAAGUUGGCUUGGAUUCCUCCAAUUCCUCUUGAGGACGAGUCUGGUCCCUACAGAGAAAGGGGACCGGAGCAUCUCUGCCCUCCUUCCUUGUCACGCACGCAAACCUUGAAUCUUGCACUGAAAAACCAUCCCUUUCAACGCUAGCUAGUGUCAAGCAAAUUUUUCGUUGUCAAACCAUUGCAAAGCAAAGUGAACUACAAAUAAGCGAAAGAGGAUGUGGAGCUUUCUUCCUCUUACUUAGCCUCUUACUAUCGAAGCUCAAUUGAAUCAGACUGGGCCAUUCCUGUGGUUGCCUGCGGCUGAUGAUGUUGUCGUUGUUCGUUGUUCGUUUCGUCUCUCAUGGAUCCUUGGCUGCAGCUGCGCUCAUAAGGACUCAAGGCGUAGGGUUAGAGGUAUCUGCAUGGGACUUAACUCCCACGGCAAAGGGGUGUGGUUUGUGGUUCCACGGCCAAAUUCCUCCCUCCUGAGGCGAGGUCCUAUCCAUUCGCCAUGUGUGUCCUCCGUGCAUUCGCGAAACACAUUUAUUUUCGUCGAUUUAUUUAAGCGUACAAUCAAGAUUUCAUUCCUAUCCAUGUGACACACAUAUUGAGAAUUCGCCGUACGCGAAAGAAACCUCACCUCGAAUCCCCAACUCUAACGAAAAGGCGAGCAAAUCGAAUCGAAUCGAAUGGAAUCGACCGUACUGCACGGUCGUACUAGCUAGCUAGCUACCAACAGACCAAUCUCGACAACCAAGAAGGCUAACAAGCUUCCAAUAGUAGUAGAUAGGUUAAUGGCUUGGUUUGGCUUGUUAACCUUCUUGGUUGUCGAGAUUGGUCUGUUGGUAGCUAGCUAGUAGUAGGCUCCGCUACCGGUAUUCGAAAAGACAAGCUUGCCGAUUAGAGUUAGUGAUUUGUGGGCUUGGUUGAGUUCGGCUGGCUCUAACGUUUUCUGAUUGGUCCUUCGCGAAAUCCAAUUCCACGAAAGCUGCGGUACGGCGAAUUGAGAAUGGGAAAUCAAUGGUUCGCCGUACCGCAGCUUUCGUGGAAUUGGAAGAAAAGCAAGCCGAUUUUUACAGUUAACUCGAUCUGGCGAACGAAGGGAGGAAGAAAGAGGUGCAAAUAGCUGGUUAGGACCGCGCCU